AUGAGCACGUACGAGGUACCCAGGUGCCUCCCUGACCCAGGCAGAUCAGACUCCCAAGUCCCAGCCGCAACAUUGAACAAGCGCCAGGGAUUGCGGCCGUCUCGCGAGGCCUUGGGCGGCCCCAAUUGCGUGGCGCGCAUCUGCUCACUGCGAGCUGCACAGAGCUGCACAGAGCUGCGCCUUGACCUUGAACUUCCAGCCCCCGAUUUUUGGAGUUUGGAUGUUCAAUGCCAGACCUCUGCACUGUGCGUCGCUGUGCCCUGCUCCUCGCGCUCAUCUUGGCCAAUCUUCGAUUCCCAAUUCCGUCAACCCAAGGACCCAGGCGAAUCUAACGGCCAACGUCUAACGUCCAACGUCUCGCUGCCGCCACGACUUGGUGGUGAGCUCGCCACCUUGUCUCCAUCACACCCAACCCCAACGGCCUCAGGAGUCUUUUCCCAGCCACCCGAGUCUCUCUUCAACGACCCUCACGAGACCCACGACCACGAGCCUACAUCUUACCCCAAGCAACGCCAGCAGCAUUCGACUUUGCUGCCCACCCAGCAGACAUUGCAUCAUCAGGACCCAGAUCCUGUCUCGAGACUCUCCACGCCAGCUUCCUCAGUCCAACGAUCUCUUCGCCGGACCCCUAGGUUCGAGUCAGCUCCCUCGCCGAGUCCGGCCAGUACAGAGCCGCGUCAAGUCCACAUUGCCGCAGCUUCAAUUGGCUUCUCUCCGAGUCCCGUCCCUUUUGCCAGGACACGUCCAGACUCGUCUGUCACUGGCCUUAGCUCUUCUCUGUUCGAGGACAGAGCCCGUCUCCACCGGAACAAUUCCCAAGAUCUAGAAGAGAGCCUCGAGAAGGACAUUUCCUCGGAUCGACCUCAUUCUCAGCACCAAUCCGGGCCUCACUCUCCCCCCCGCCGGGAUCGGCGCGAGCCGCACCCCGUUGUCAGAGUUUCUAGGAACACCCAUAGUGCUAUUCUUUUUGCUCUUGAAGAGGCUCUUCGGCACCCAAACCCUUUUACGCCAGACGUCGUCGAGGAAUCCGCUGAUAUGGCGGAUCUGAUGGCUGCCACCAGCGGACUUCCUGCUACUUCCGAUGGCAAUGGUGCGGCAUCUACCCGCCGUCCCUCAGCUGGGCCUGCGCCGACGAGUUCGCCGUCUGGGAUUCGAGGGCCGAGGAUGAUUAUGCAAGAACGGGCUGCCAGAGAAGCGAGACAGAGGGCAGAAGCCGAACAGCUGGCUCUAGAACGAAGCAGAGCCGAACAGGAAGCGCGUUUGCUGGAUGAAACACGACGAAGGAAUGCCGAACGUCGAUCUGCUGGCGUUGCUGCCGGGCAACCCAGCGGCACAGAGCCGCAACAACUGCAACAGCAGCACCAAUCACCACCCCUUGGUCAUGGACAAGCUGUCCAAGAAGCCACACAUGGUCCUAGAGCCCCAGCCGCUGUACCUACGGCUAAAACAUCAGCAGAGCAGCGAAUACCUGCACAAUUUGCACCCAACGCCACACAACAACCUACCAGAUCACCUACAUAUGUCACAUCUAGCGGCCGGCCGCGGGCCCAACAGCAGGCCAGUGCCGCAGCGGAACCCACAACUCAACCCACUGAGCCUGCGAAGCCUAGGAACUCGUUCCCCCAUGCCUUUGAGCGCUGGGAAACGCUGUCUGCUCAUUGGGAGGGCCUGACAAGCUACUGGAUUAGAAAACUAGAGCAGAACAAGGACGACAUCAACCGUGACCCCUUGAGUCAGCAACUGGCGCGGCAAGUUACUGACUUGUCAGCGGCCGGUGCCAACUUGUUUCAUGCGGUGGUAGAAUUACAACGGCUACGCGCUAGCUCAGAGAGGAAGUUCCAGCGUUGGUUCUUUGAGACCAGAGCUGAGCUGGAACGAGCCCAGGAGGUCAAUGGCAUGCUCGAAAAGGCGCUUGAAAGAGAACGACGAGACCGCGCGGAUGCCAUUCGCGAUGCCAUCGACCAUGAGCGAGGCACGUCCAAGGCCCAGAAACAGCUUACUGAGAUGCGCAAGGAGCUGCGGAUUUCCAAGGAAGAAGCGCGCAGAGCUUGGGAGGAACUCGGACGAAGAGAGCAAGAGGAACGGGACAGAACUUUGUCAUUACAGUCGGGCCACCCUACCAUUGUUGGCGGCGUACAAGUUGUUCCUAUGACGCAUGGCGGCGUCAGCCGGCAAGGCACCACUACCAGGGAGACGGAGGCGUAUCAAGCCGAGUACCCUCAAAGCUACGGCCCCGAGCACUCACAGGCGCCACCUUCAGCAACAUCACCAACGACUGCGGGCCCCAGCGGCACCUAUUACAGACCCCACGAGCAGGGGCAGUCGCACGCCCGAGGCAGAUCCGGCGGCUCAGAGGGCGCAUUCAGCGAAGGUGAGUACAUUAUUGACGCUGCGGGCAACUUUGUUCUCGACUCUCGAGGGCAGAAAAUCCCCUUUGUUGCCGCACCGCCCUCUGGAGCUUCGGUUUCUGAUCCGGAGGCAGACGAUUACGAUACGCCGGCAACGACAAACCCGCCCAGUGGUGCCCACGAGCCUGCAUCAACGUCCGAGGGCGAGGGUAGGUGGACUGGUGCCUAUUCAGAUCCUCAGGACUACUCUGGGCAGGGAUAUGGUGCCCCUGGCUGGGAGACUGUUCCGCGGCAUCAUCAUCCAACGAGGCUGAGCGACGUAAUCGAGGAGGAGGAUGAGCGAAGUCGCACGAGCGCAAGUCAAAGUCGGGGCCAUUAA